CAUCAUCUGGCUGUCUGGAAGCAAAAUAUCCCCAAUAAUGUCUAAGUUACUCGACAAAUUUCGUGGUUCUUUGUUUGGUGCUUUAGCUGGCGAUUGCCUUGGACUAUAUUUUGAAGGUUUAACUCUAUCACCAAUCCCUAUAAAUCGAGUGAAAGACUCCAUGUCAAAAGAUGAGAAGGCAAUAUAUUCAGACGACACAGCAAUGACACGGGCUAUUUGUCGUUCAAUAAUAGAGAAACAAGGUUUUGACGAUUCGCACAUCGCGAAUGAGUUCUGCAAUGAAUAUUUUAGGGAGCCAGAUCGUGGAUACGGCGAGGGAGUUGUAGAAGUAUUUCGCAAAUUGAGAUCAGGACGAUAUGAGGAUUUUGGGGUCCCUGCAAGAGAACAAUUUGGAGGAUCAGGUUCCUAUGGCAACGGUGGUGCAAUGAGAAUUGCUCCUAUAGCUCUGUUGAGCAAAGAUUCAAAGAGUCUUAUCGAGUAUGCUCGGCGAAGUACUGAAAUAACACACACUCAUGCCAACGGAGUCAAYGGAGCCAUUCUACAAGCACAAGCAAUUUUUGAUGCAUUAGCAAUCAAUCCACCUAACAUUGACGUCAAUAAGUAYGUUGAUGGCCUUGCUAAUGUGGCACRUGAACUUGAAGCUUUUUCUAAGCAGCAAGGAGAAUGCCCAGAAGAAGCAAUCUUUCCUUAUGAAUCUAAGAUAAAACAGAUGAAAACCCUGCUAUCUUGUCCUAAUGUCACGCAAGAAGAAGUGGUGAAAACCUUUGGCAAYGGCAUACGAGCAGAACAAGCUGUACCAGCUGCAAUUUUUGCUUUUCUGUUCAAGGGAAUUGAAUCCGUUGAAGAAGGUAUAGCUUUUGCUAUUUCUCUUGGAGGGGAUACAGAUACAAUAGCUAGUAUGACGGGGGCGAUUGCUGGUGCAUAUUUAGGGCUUGAUUCAAUAUCUCCAAGAUGCAGAGAAAGAUGCGAAGCAUCAAAAGAAACUGUUGAUUUUGCAGAUGAGAUAUAUAAAUUGAGGCAGACUUAGAAAAUUGAGACUUUGUUAAAGAAUUGAGAAAAAUAGAAAGAGGCAGCUCAAAACCU